AUCCAAGUGCAUGAAUCUGUGCAACAAGCGCUUUCUGAGCAGCGUCCUGUAGUGGCCUUGGAAUCGACCAUUGUCGCACAUGGCCUUCCUUAUCCAGAAAACGUUGAGCUAUGUCGCACACUAGUGCAGUUGUUCCGGGAUAAGGGGGUUGAACCAGCCACAGUUGCCGUCCAAAAUGGAGUUUGUAAAAUUGGAUUAACAUGGGAAGAAUUGGAAGACUUGGCCGUGGCGAAACAACAAAAUCGGGUACAAAAAUGCUCCACGCGCGAGCUGUCUCUGUUCUUGGCACAACAUGGGCGCCGCAAACAAGGCGUAAGUCAUACGAACUAUUGGGGGGCCACGACAGUAGCGUCUACAAUGCGACUAGCUCACUUGGCCGGCAUCUCCACUUUUGUCACGGGCGGAAUCGGUGGUGUGCACCGUGACGGUCACGUCAGUAUGGAUGUCUCGGCUGAUUUACACGAAUUAGCACGUACUCCGGUAGUGGUAGUGUCAGCCGGGAUCAAGUCCAUCUUAGACAUCCCUCGCACGCUGGAAGUUUUAGAAACAAACGGUGUUCCGGUUGUUUCGUACCGAUCUAACGAGUUUCCCGCAUUCUUUUCACCGCAUUCUGGAGUGCCGGCCUCUUGUCGAAUGGAGGAUGCCGAUACAAUCGCUGCUGCCUACAACGUGGCCAGGGAUUUGAAUUUACCACACGGAAUGCUGGUUGGGGUCCCCAAUAUGGACCCCGCCGGUGCUAAUGUGGAAGAGGCGAUUCAACGUGCGCUACAAGAAGCUAGCGUUGAUCCGAGCAUUGUCGGCCAAGCCGUAACUCCAUUUAUAUUAAAGCGUGUGUCGGAGCUGACCGGUGGUGAUUCCUUACGUAGCAAUUUGUCGCUGGUGCGAAACAACGCUAGAGUCGGCGCAGACAUUGCAAUUGCGAUCGCGGAG